AACCCGAGCUGCUGCCCACGGUUAAAAAUACCCCCUGCCCUCCGGUCCCCUCUCCUCUCCCCUCCCCGCCCCCGCAGUGCCCUUCCGCCAGGGCCCAGCCCUUCCCACCCCGACAGGCGCGGGCCCUUCCCUGGGGACAACUCUGCCUUUUGCUAAUUUGUCCUCACGCGGAGUUGGCCCGGGCCUGCGGAGGGAGCGGCGGGGAGACACCAUGAGUAAGAGAUAGUCAAAGAAGGUGCCCGAGAGAUAAGGGAGAGCCGAGAGGAAGCGGGGAUGGCAGAGGAGAUCAUCACACCCGUGUACUGCACUGGGGUGUCAGCCCAGGUGCAGAAGCUACGGGCCAAGGAGCUGGGCCUGGGCCGCCAUGAGAACGCCAUCAAAUACCUGGGCCAGGAUUAUGAACAGCUGCGGGCCCGAUGCCUGCAGAGUGGGGCCCUGUUCCGAGAUGAGGCCUUCCCACCAGUGCCCCAGAGCCUGGGCUACAAGGAACUAGGUCCCAACUCCUCUAAGACCUAUGGCAUCAAGUGGAAGCGUCCCACGGAGAUGCUGUCAAAUCCGCAGUUCAUCGUGGAUGGAGCUACCCGCACAGACAUCUGCCAGGGAGCACUGGGGGACUGUUGGCUGCUGGCUGCCAUCGCCUCCCUCACCCUCAAUGACACCCUCCUGCACCGAGUGGUUCCUCAUGGCCAGAGCUUCCAGGAUGGCUAUGCGGGCAUCUUCCAUUUCCAGCUAUGGCAGUUUGGGGAGUGGGUGGAUGUGGUCGUGGAUGACCUGCUGCCCACCAAGGACGGGAAGCUGCUGUUUGUGCACUCUGCCCAAGGCAACGAGUUCUGGAGCGCCCUGCUGGAGAAGGCCUAUGCCAAGGUCAAUGGCAGCUAUGAGGCCCUGUCGGGGGGCAGCACCUCCGAGGGCUUUGAGGACUUCACAGGUGGGGUCACCGAGUGGUACGAGCUGCGCAAGGCACCCAGUGACCUCUACCAAAUCAUCCUCAAGGCGUUGGAGCGCGGCUCUCUGCUAGGCUGCUCCAUUGACAUCUCCAGUGUCCUGGACAUGGAGGCCAUCACCUUUAAGAAGCUGGUGAAGGGCCACGCAUACUCUGUGACUGGAGCCAAGCAGGUGAACUACCGGGGCCAGCCGGUGAGCCUGAUCCGGAUGCGGAACCCCUGGGGCGAGGUGGAGUGGACCGGAGCCUGGAGCGAUGGCUCCUCAGAGUGGAACAACGUGGACUCUUACGAACGGGAGCAGCUGCGGAUCAAGAUGGAGGAUGGGGAGUUCUGGAUGUCAUUCCGUGACUUCAUGCGCGAGUUUACCCGCCUGGAGAUCUGCAACCUCACGCCCGACGCGCUCAAGAGCAGGACGGUCCGCAACUGGAACACCACACUCUACGAGGGCACCUGGCGGCGGGGGAGCACKGCCGGGGGCUGCCGCAACUACCCAGCCACCUUCUGGGUGAACCCCCAGUUCAAGAUCCGGCUGGAGGAGGUGGACGACGAAGAUGAYUACGGGAGUCGCGAGUCGGGCUGCAGCUUCGUGCUGGCCCUCAUGCAGAAGCACCGGCGCCGGGAGCGCCGCUUCGGCCGCGACAUGGAGACCAUCGGCUUCGCGGUCUACGAGGUCCCUCCGGAGCUGGUGGGCCAGCCAGCUGUGCACUUGAAGCGCGACUUCUUCCUGGCCAACUCAUCCCGGGCGCGAUCGGAGCAGUUCAUCAACCUGCGGGAGGUCAGCACCCGCUUCCGCCUUCCACCYGGGGAGUACGUGGUGGUGCCAUCUACCUUUGAGCCCAAUAAGGAGGGCGACUUCGUGCUGCGCUUCUUCUCUGAGAAGAGGGCUGGGACAGAGGARCUGGACGACCAGAUCCAGGCUAACCUCCCUGAUGAGCAAAUGCUCUCAGAAGAGGAGAUCGAUGAGAACUUCAAGUCCCUCUUCAGGCAGCUGGCAGGGCAGGACCAGGAGAUCAGUGUCAGAGAGCUGCAGACCAUCCUCAACAGGAUCAUUAGCAAACACAAAGACCUUCGGACCAAGGGCUUCAGCCUGGAGUCGUGCCGCAGCAUGGUGAACCUCAUGGACCGCGACGGCAACGGGAAGCUGGGCCUGGUGGAGUUCAACAUCCUGUGGAACCGCAUCCGGAACUACCUGUCCAUCUUCCGGAAGUUUGACCUGGACAAGUCGGGCAGCAUGAGYGCCUACGAGAUGCGGAUGGCCAUCGAGUCUGCAGGCUUCAAGCUCAACAAAAAACUGUACGAGCUCAUCAUCACCCGGUACUCCGAGCCUGACCUGGCCGUGGACUUUGACAACUUCGUGUGCUGCCUGGUGCGACUGGAGACCAUGUUCCGGUUUUUCAAAACUCUGGACACAGAUCUGGAUGGAGUCGUGACCUUUGACCUGUUUAAGUGGUUACAGCUGACCAUGUUUGCAUGAGGCGGGGGCCCAGCGCCCUGCUGCUCCCUUCCACCCUCGUCUGUCAAGCCKCGUCUUCCGGGCCGGGUCUUCCCACCAUGCCACAGCAGGUCACGCCAGCCGCACAUGCCUUCCUUGGAGCAAGAAGGCGCCUUGGUCCUCUUGCCCCCUCCUCCCAGCCUCCACUGCUCACCAGCUCUGGGCCGAGCUGUGUGGCCCUCCCUCUGUCCCCAGCCAGGGGCUCACGAUGGACUCCCCUGGGCCCGCCAUUUCCCAUGGCCAAGCCAGGAGGGCAGCUUUCUGCUUAUUCCUGCCUCAGGGCUGGGUGGCCAGGGAGCCACGAUCCCAGACCCACUCCUCCAGCCCCACUCCUCCAGCAGCCUCMUGUGUCCCCUGUCUUCACUCCAGAGGCCACCCCCGGCCCCACCCGCCUGGCCUCACCUGCUGACUUUAUAACCACUAUCUCUGCAGCCUGCACCCCGGGUGUCAGGCAUGCAGGUCCCCUUCCUGCUGGGGGAGCCCCUGGGCUGGGAUCUCCUGUGCCUUCUGUGCAGAAGCCAAUGCCUGCAGCCCKCGCCUCCCAGCCCUGCCCACCAGGAGCCAGCCAGCCUGGAGGGUGGUCGGGCCUUCCCUCCUCCUCCUGUCCUUUUUUUAUAUUGACAAUUUUCAAGGGGACUCUUCAGGGACUGGGGGAUUGGUUAUGUGAUACAGAGGCACUGGGCGUGGGAUAGGGAGGUCCCAUGUUUGCACACAGAGGAACCCCAAAUAAUAAAGGAAAAGGCCCCA